UAAAGACCGCUUAUCUUAUGUACGCGAUUAAUAAAAGAAAAAGCAAAGUAGGUUGUAGUGCGCUUAUAUAAAACUUAGCAGUCCAUGGUGCCAAAAUCAAUAUAUCCGCGAGAGAAGUAACCAUAUACUGCGAUCGCAUUUCGCGCGGCUAAACAUUUCUCUGUUGUGUGUUCACGUUGAAUCGCGUUGAAUUUAAUCGAGUAGGUUAACAUAAUACAUCAAGGUGUGCUACAGUAAGUGCUAAACCACUUGAUUGUCUGUUUCCUGUGUGAAAUCCUAAGAUGGGCGAUGUUUUUGUAACAAACGGGUUGGGGAAUAAAAAUAAAAAUUCGGCAACUAUGUCUUUUUAUGCGGAGAUGGAUGAUACGGGUGAUUCACAAAAAUCUUUGGAACAACAAAGAGACGUUCAAGAAAUGGAAGAAAAAAAUGAGUUGUUAAAAGAGAAAAUAAAUAAUUUAAAUACAAGUAAAAAUAUUGUUCCAAUGCAAUAUUCACAAAUCCUGCAAAAAACCAAGGACAAUCCUUUCGCCACGUCUUCAAUUAAAGAAAAAAUGAAUACAACACAAGAAGUUAAAUCUAUUUAUAAACCUAAAUUUAUACGAGGAACCGCAAAACAAGAUGAAAAUUCUGAAAAUACAUCAACAGGUGUAAAAAGGCGCGCUUGGGUAACUAUUGAUGUUAAAAUUAGAUAUGGUAUAAGAGGUACAGUGCUAACGCAUUUUGAAUCAUAUCUGACCAACCGAAAACAAAUAGUGAAAAUAUCUUCGGAAAAUGGUUUGGAAUUUUCUUCCAAUAUAGUGGAUUUAAAAAAAGGAGUUCCUCAGGGUUCAAUUCUUGGCCCUCUUCUGUUUAUCUUAUAUGUAAAUGAUUUGCCUCAAUGUCAUGAUAAUAUUUUUAUGUAUGCAGAUGAUACUACUGCAAUUUUUAAAUCUUCCACAAUAGGUUAUUUAAUAUCUAAUAUUGUUUUAACACAAAAAAAUAUAUUUCAGUGGUUUCAAGACAACGGCCUCGAGUUAAAUGUAGGCAAAACACAGUAUAUUAAGUUUGGAGAUUAUGGGUUCACGAAUAGCAAAAUUAAUAUUAAUAAUAUAUGUAGAAUAGAGUUAAGUAGGUACCUCAAUUAA